CCUCUCGUCCUUCCUCUCACCCAAACCCAAAGUUCUCUCCCCCCCUCUCUCUCCUCUCGCGCAAACAAGACUAACAAAACCCUAUUAUUUCAGACUCUCACAGCACUCUAACCCCAUUCUUCGUUUCCCCCAAUCCCCCCUCCUCUCCUCUUCCGCCGCGCUUGCUCUCGCCGCCGCUCUCCCCCUCUCUCUCUCACCUCCGUAACUCUGAAACUCUCUCUCUGGACUCUGAAACAACGCAUUGUUUUCAAUAGAGAGAGGAUAUACCGGGGGCGGUUAUUAAAACGGUUACGUUUUGGUUAAUCGCCAAAUCACUGCGCGGGGCUAGGGUUUGUUCUCUCUCCUCUCUCUGUCUCUCUAUCUCUAAAUUUUUUCGUAUCGCUUUGGUGGAAUAAUUUGGGGACUCUGCAAUCGUAGGUCUAUUGGGAGUUCUAUAGAAACAGAGAAGAGAUAUACAAAUAUAACAUAUAUAUAUAUGUGCUAGGGUUUCAAUUUCAGCGCAUUUACUCGGCGUUCAGUCCCAAAUUUUAGGUUUUUUUAAUCGUCUCCGUGAGAUUGAACCGUUGGAUGGGUGUGAAUUUUCGUGUGACAAUCAUGGGUUGUUGUUAUUCAUUGUUGGCCUAGUGAACAAACACCCAGUUGCUUCUAUCUCUAUUGGGCUUGAAGAUGAGGUUCUGCUGAGAUUGCAAUUCCCUUCUGCAAAUCCAUCUUUCAAUUGAAGAUGGAGGCGUAGACUGUUUUUCCCCCUUUAUAUUCUUUGGGUUCCGUUGUUUUCGAUACCAUCGUGUUGCAAUUCGAGACAUGCACCUUGUUCUUGGCAUUUCCUUUGUGUUUGCACCUUGGUUAGAAUCUGUUUCGUUUUCUAAGUCCCAUAGUGUUGGUAGAUUGUAGUAUAUAACCCAUUCAGUUGGUAAAAUCGUAGCAAUAUCGGAGACUGUUUACUUGAUUAACUGGCAGCGGCUGGGAAGCAGGAUUGGUUAUUUAGGGGAAACGAAAGUUGGACUUUGGCUCUUCUAUAUUGAAGAGUACCUUCUGGGUACAGAACUUGUGGAUAUUUUCAUCUUUCCAUAAGUUUGACAGAAGCAAAUUCUAGUUGUGAUAGAUACGGAUAAAGCAACCAGCUCUUAUUGUAGUGAGGAGUACAAUUUGAGUUGUGGUACUCACUUGCUUAUCUUGGUUGAAGCAAGAUUGGCUCUUGAAGUGGAAGAUAGAAAUAUUUUUGUUCAAACUCGGUAUAUCUGUGUCCAAAUAUAAUAAGUUUGGGGUAAAGGACAGAGGUGGUGGAGAAGGUGAGAAGUGUUUCUGUUGUUAUAGCUGAUCAUGUUCACUGCUCCUUAUGGAAAGAAGUGAACCCACCUUAGUUCCAGAAUGGUUGAGAAGUACAGGAAGUGUUACUGGGGGUGGCAGUUCAGCCCACCACUUUGCAUCAUCAUCUUCUCACUCAGAUGUUUCUUCUUUGGCUAAUCACUUGCGAAAUAGAACCUCAAAGAGCAUAACUGAUUUUGAUACACCGCGCUCUGCUUUCCUGGACCGUUCUUCCUCCUCCAAUUCCCGGAGAAGUUCUAGUAAUGGUUCUGCAAAGCAUGCUUACAGUAGUUUUAACAGAAGCCACCGUGAUAAGGACCGUGAGAAGGAAAAAGAGAGAUCAAAUUUUGGAGACCAUUGGGACCGUGACUCUUCUGACCCUCUAGGAAACAUUUUUACCAGUAGGGUUGAGAAGGAUACAUUGCGACGCUCUCAGUCUAUGGUGUCCAGGAAGCAGACUGAGCUUUUGGCCCGAAGAGCUGCUAUUGACUCAAAAAGUUCCGGUAAUAGCAAUCAUCACAAUGGCAAUGGUUUGCUUUCUGGUGUUGGAGUUGGUAUUCAAAAGGUUGUGUUUGAUAAGGAUUUUCCCUCACUUGGAACUGAAGAAAGGCCAGCUGCACCUGAUAUUGGAAGAGUUCCAUCUCCUGGAUUUAGCACAGCUGUUCAGAGCUUGCCUGUUGGUAGUUCAGCUUUAAUUGGUGGGGAGGGAUGGACCUCAGCUCUGGCUGAGGUCCCUUCUACUAUCAUUGGGAGCAGUAGCUCAGGAUCCUUUCCUGUUCAACCAACUGUUGCUGCUACUUCAAGUUCUGGGGCUUCAACUGCAAUGUCUGGUCUUAACAUGGCUGAAGCAUUGUCACAAGCUCCAGCAAAAGCCCGCACUGUUCCUCAGUUGUCUAUCAAGACACAGAGGCUUGAGGAAUUGGCAAUCAAGCAAUCAAGGCAAUUAAUUCCAGUGACACCUUCGAUGCCCAAACCUUCUGUUCUCAGUUCGUCUGACAAAUCAAAGCCCAAAGCAGCAGCUAGACCAGGGGAAACAAAUGCGCCAGUUAAGGUUGGACAGCAGCAGCCCUCUCAAUUGCACAAUCAAUCUCUUCGUGGUGGCUCUGUCAAGUCCGAUGCUCCAAAGACUUCUAAGUUCCUUGUUCUCAAACCAGUAUGGGAAAAUGGAGUCUCCUCUUCACCAAAGGAUGUCACUAGCCCAACAAGUAAUGCUAGCAGAGCAGCAAAUAGCCCACUUGCUGUUGCUCCCCCAGUUGCAUCUGCUCCCUUAAGAAGCCCCAACCAGCAGAAGCUUUCAUCUGUGGAGCGCAAGGUAGCAGCCUUGGAUCUGAAAUCUGGAUCCACGUUGGAAAAGAGACCUUCUUUGUCUCAAGUCCAGAGCCGGAAUGAUUUCUUCAAACGCUUGAAGAACAAAACCUUGAUCAACAGUACAAUUACUCUCCCAGAUUCAGCCCCUAUCAUUUCAUCUCCCACUAUGGAAAAAUCUGGUGAAAUAACUAGGGAAUUAUUCAGUAAUCCUGCGAGCCCUCACACCAUUGAAAAUGGUGCUCUGGUGACUGGCAAUGGUGAUCGCUCUGAAGAUGUUCAGAAGUUUUCUGAUACUGGCCCCAGUGCGGCAGUUUAUCCAGACGAGGAAGAGGCUCGUUUCCUUCGAUCUCUUGGUUGGGAGGAAAACUCUGGGGAUGAUGGUGGCCUUACGGAAGAAGAGAUAAAUGCAUUUUAUGACCAGUACAUGAAAUCACGACCAUCUAUGAAAUGCCGAGGCAUGCAGCCAUAGCUUGCUGUGGUGUCUGAAUCUCCUGCGACUGAUUUGGGCGAGGCUCGGUCUGAAUUGAGGUCAACUGACUCUGUGUCUGAAGCUUGAUUUACUUUUUCCCUUACACAGAUCCAAGAAUUUUCAAUUUUUUGAUGGCAGAUGGUUAGUCUCUUCUCUCUUUUGUUUUGCAAAAAAAAGAAAAGAAAACUGAUGAGUUUCGGUUAUGAAAGAAGAGAAUGGGUUUCGGUUCGAACUCUGGAUUCUGCAAAUAGUGCAAUAAGUUACAGGUGCCCCAAUCCUGUCCGCCUAAAAUGGUUUUUUUUUUUCUUUUUCUUUUUUCGUUUAGGUUUUAAAUUUAAUGGGGAGAGAUAGGUUAGGGGCUAUUUUGUCUGCAGUGGAAGAAGAAUGGGGAAUUGAUAUUUUGGUGUAUUUUGGUCCUUUUCUUCAUUUUUUCUUUCAGGAGGGUUUUCAUUCUACAAGAAAAAGCUUAUGAUGUUUUUUGGUCAAAUUUUACGGAAAAGAAAUCGAAAUGGUUUAUUUUUAGUUUUA